UUUCUUUUGCGGCCGUGUAUGCACUUGAAUUUUAUUCACGGCUAUUUUCAAGUGUUAUAUGUGAUGAUUUUUAUUAAAGAUUUACAAAAUGGAUGUGGUAGGCCUUCUGAAUAAUAUCCAUGAUAAAUCGGAUAUGUUUGCGGUCAAGACGUGGACGGCGGAAUGGACUAACAAUUUCGAAGAAAACCAGUUGCUAUGGUCGUUCUGCGGUUGCGUCGUGAUCUCACUAGUCGUAGUUUUCUUCUAUUACUACAAGAGAUGGCGGUCGAAAGAAAUGCUAAACGGCGCCCCAGCAACAGUGGAGCCCGCGAAGCGGUUCCGCAAACGCGACAAAAUGCUCUUUUACGGCCGGAGGAUGCUGCGCAAAGUCAAAUCCAUUUCCAACUCGGGCCAGGGCAGGAAACGCCGGGCCGUCAUGCGGUUUGCUAGGAAACUACUUCAACUCAAGAAGGAGUCAGCACCUGAGCAAUUGAAGGUCCUAGAACCGCCCGCAGAAUACCUGGAAGAAGACCUAACCAACGACGACCGGGUGCCGCCGGACGCGCUAUACAUGCUGCACAGUAUUCGUGUGUUUGGACACUUCGAGAAACCGGUGUUCCUGAUGCUGUGCAAGCACACGGAGAUCCUCAAUUUGCCUGCGGGGGCUUUUUUGUUCAAAGUCGGUGAUACAGACGAGAACGUGUACGUGGUUCAAAAUGGCCGCGUCAACGUGUACAUCACGAACCCGGACGGCAGUAGUUUGUCUCUCAAAGUGGUCAGAGCGGGCGAGAGCGUCACCUCACUGCUGAGCUUCACUGACGUGCUCACGGGCCACUCGCAACCGUACAAAACCGUGAACGCCAAGGCUUUAGAGGACUCGCAAGUGAUCAAGCUACCAAUGAGAGCGUUCCAGGAGGUCUUCCACGAGUACCCCGACAUCUUCGUCAGAGUUAUACAGAUCAUCAUGGUGCGUUUACAAAGGGUAACCUUCACAGCAUUGCAUCAGUAUCUCGGUUUGAGCGCAGAGUUGGUUAAUCCGGGCCGUGAGAAACGCCGGCCUACCACAGUCGCAUCAUCGCCAGGUCGAAAAGCUACAGUCGAUUCCAGUACUUCUAUGCAUUCCCCACACCACAGCGAGAGGGUUGAACAUACUCAAGAGGCCGGGCACAUGGCGUCCUCUCCCAUUAACAUCGCAAGAAAACCCCGGCCAGACAUGGUGCCAGACAUUGCUACUAGCACGCCGCAGCAGCAGCCAGACGUGCAACCGAACUCGUCCUCGUUCCAAAGGAGCAAAGAGGGGUCUUCGUUCAAGAAAAACAAUACCGAGAGUAUGGACGAACAGGCCCUAAUACGAAUAGCGACCGAGGCUUUUAUCAAAGAGCUAGGACUCGAAAACGAUCAGCUGCUUCAAGGCGCGGUCCAAGUCAGGGAUCUACCCGCCGGCACUUACAUCAUGAAAGAGGAGAGCCAUAAGCUCUAUUAUAGUAUCAAAGGUGAACCAGAAAUAGUGCAGGACGUAGCACUGGUGUACCUGCUAUCCGGGGCACUGCUGGUGUCGCAAAAAGUCGCAGAAGGGGAAGGCGAGGUGCACAUGUUCACGGCUUACCCAGGCGAAGUCGAAGGCGGUCUUGCUGUGCUAACCGGCGAGCCAUCCUUCUUCUCAAUACGAGCGAAACACUUCUCGCGAAUAGGCCUCCUCUCCAAGACAUCAGUGUACAGUAUCAUGCGGGAGAGGCCUUCUGUGGUGCUACAUAUAGCUAAUACUGUUGUGCGGAGGUUGUCGCCAUUCGUGCGACAAGUGGACUUUGCUCUCGACUGGGUGUUCCUAGAGUCAGGUAGAGCUGUAUACCGUCAAGACGAAGAGUCUGGCUCCACGUUCAUAGUGCUGAGCGGUCGUCUGCGCUCCGUCAUAACGCACCCUAACGGCAAGAAGGGGCUGGUCGGCGAGUACGGCAAGGGCGACCUGGUUGGCAUUGUGGAGAUGGUGACUCAAACCCGCCGCAGUACGACCGUGAUGGCGGUUCGAGACUCGGAACUGGCCAAGUUGCCAGAGGGCCUUUUCAACGCGAUCAAGCUUCGGUUCCCCGUCGUCGUCACGCGGCUUAUCAACCUGCUGGGACACAGGAUAUUAGGUUCAUGGCAGAAGCCGACAGCGGGUCUCGGCGGAGCGACUCUAGAGCCCCGAGUAUCCGCGCACAACUUUUCAACUGUAGCGGUGGUGCCUGUUAGCGAUGACGUGCCUCUCACCGCCUUCACUUACGAGUUGUACCACUCCCUCUGUGCUAUAGGGCCGACAGUUCGCCUGACCUCAGACGUUAUAAGAAAGCUGUUGGGUCUUACAAUAAUGGACCCCAACAACGAAUACCGGCUUAGCUCAUGGCUGGCGCAACAGGAGGAUAAACACAAGGUGGCACUUUACCAGUGCGACCCUAGUUUGACACAGUGGACGCAAAGGUGCAUUCGACAGGCGGAUUGCAUCCUAAUCGUGGCCCUCGGAGACAAACAGCCUAGCAUUGGAAAGAUAGAGAAAGAAAUCGAGCGUCUAGCCAUCCGUACACAGAAGGAACUAGUUCUCUUGCACCGCGAGGGCGGAGCCAACCCCAGCGGCACCGUCCACUGGCUGAACAUGAGGACCUGGGUCUCGCAGCACCACCACGUGCGCUGUCCGCAUCGCAUGUUCACUAGGAAGAGCCAGUACAGAGUUAGCGAGCUAUACAGCAAAGUGCUGAUGUCAGAAGCGAGCGUGCACUCUGACUUCUCCCGUCUCGCUCGCUGGCUUACCGGGACGUCUGUGGGUCUAGUGUUGGGCGGCGGAGGCGCCCGCGGCGCGGCACAUGUCGGCAUGAUACGGGCCAUACAGGAAGCCGGCAUACCAAUCGACAUGGUGGGCGGAGUGAGCAUAGGCGCCUUCAUGGGCGCCCUCUGGUGCAUGGAAAGGAACAUAACCACUGUCACACAAAAAGCCAGGGAGUGGUCACAGAAAAUGACCCAAUGGGGCAAGCAGCUAAUGGAUCUGACAUACCCAGCGACAUCUAUGUUCUCCGGGCGACAAUUCAACACCACCAUCCGUACGACGUUCGGGGAGGUCCAUAUAGAGGACUUAUGGCUACCCUACUUCACUGUCACCACGGAUAUCAGCGCGAGCUGUAUGAGGGUGCAUAGACAUGGUUCGCUGUGGCGCUACAUUCGCGCGUCGAUGUCUCUCAGCGGCUAUAUGCCGCCUCUCUGCGACCCGGUAGACGGCCACCUCCUAUUGGACGGCGGUUACGUCAACAACCUCCCAGCCGACGUAAUGCGCUCGUUGGGCGCCAAACACAUCCUAGCCAUAGACGUGGGGUCCCAAGACGACACGGACCUCACGAAUUAUGGCGACGACCUCUCUGGAUGGUGGUUAUUGUGGAAAAGAUGGAAUCCGUUCACGACCCCGGUAAAAGUGCCAAAUUUGCCAGACAUACAGAGUCGGCUCGCCUACGUUUCAUGCAACCGGCAGUUGGAGGAGGUGAAAAAGUCCGACUACUGCGAAUACAUUCGACCGCCGAUCGACGCGUACAAAACUCUCCAGUUCGGCUCGUUCGACGAGAUCCGCGAGGUCGGGUACCGGCACGGCGCGGCGUACUUCGAGGGGCAGCGGCGCGGCGGCGGCGGCGGCGUGUCGGGCGCCGCCGCGGACCCGAGGCGGCCCGACCACAACCCGCAGCUGACUGACUACACAUUCACGGAUCUAGCACAGAUGGUGUGUUCGGUCCGCACGGGGCGCGGCACGGACAACGACUCUUCCUCCUCGUCUGACUACGAGGAGGACCCGAGGCACUUUGAAGGCUACGCCUCGGAGCCCAGCGGGGGAAUAAUGGAGAUGUCUUCAAGCGUUGAGGAGGGAGCGGCAUGGAUCAGUGACACUGAAUUGGAGGGUCUGCGUACCCGGCGCGUCGGUGGCUCCCUCUCGCUGUCUGAAGAUGAAAUCGACUCGGAGUCGGAGGUGUAUGAUCCGCUUAACAAACGUGGAGGGGGCAGGUGA